AUGACUCAAAUACCUUCCAGCCAAGCAAGCCAGUCAGUGUCAGUCCGGAGGCCUUUUCCUCUUUCUCAUGGAACAACAACUCUUGGUUUCAUCUUCCAAGGUGGGGUGAUUGCAGCUGCAGACACACGUGCCAGUGCCGGGGGGCUUGUAGCUUGUCCAGCUGUUCAUAAGAUAACCCCUAUUCACUCUCAUUUGGUGGUCACCUCUUCGGGCAGUGGUGCAGACUGCAUGCUGUGGGAGCGGAUCCUGAUCAGAGAGAUCAGACUCUAUCAACUGCGGCACAAACGUCGCCUCUCGAUACGUGGUACUGCCAAGCUCCUUUCAUUCAUGCUGCACCCCUUUAAAGGCACUGAUGUGUGUGUGGCUCUCACACUGUGUGGCUGGGAUAAGGAUGACAGUGUAGAGAACUUGGAAGAAACCUUAGGCACAACCGAUGAUUGCUCGCCAUCUGUUAGUAAAGAUGUCCUUUCAAAAACAAAUCUGCAGUGUUGUAGUGGCCCAAAGCUUAUUUACGUAUGCAGCGAUGGAGCCAGACUGCAGGGAGACAUCUUCUCUGUGGGAUCAGGUUCACCAUAUGCAUACGGAGUCCUGGAUGGAAGUCUGAGGUGGAGUUUGAGUAAAGAAGAAGCAAUCUCAUUGGCAAGAGAAGCAGUGUUCAGGGCCACUCACAGGGAUGCCUACUCAGGGAACAAUGUGGACCUCUUCCAUGUCACAGCCGAGGGGUGGAAACAAAGACAAAGGGAAGACCUGAAAGAAGAAUAUUACAGAGACAUGGAGAAGAAAGGCAAGAAAAUUGAUUUAAAAAUGCAAAAGCUACCAAAAUGACUAAGGGAAACC